AUGGACAUGUCAGGAAUGUCCGGCAUGGGAGGCAUGGACAUGUCCAGCGCCGGCAUGUUCACCCCGACCAACAAGAAAGUGGCGCAUUCAUACUGGUAUUUUGUUGCCGCCAUUGUCGGUGUUCUUGUUUUUCGCAGAGUCGUCGAUGGACUUAGAAUAUAUUAUAUAGAGCGCAAAAUCCAACAGCAACCGAGGCACAUACCAUUUAAACCGGGAAAUGCCUUUACACAAUCCUAUGACACUGUGAUCGCAAUUUGCAGAGAGCUGGCAUAUCCGCAAAUAUGGACGUUCACGGGCAAAUUCACCAAAUACUUCACCCCCCCUCCACUGGGGAGAAUUCUUCUGCUCCUGACUUACUGGGCCGUCAUCUUGACCAUGUUGUGGUCCAAUGUCAUCCUCACCCCGUCUUCUCCCAACUGGGCAUAUCAUUGGGAAAUUGUGGGGUUUCGCGCAGCUUGGGUCUCCGUCACCCAGUUGCCUCUGAUCUACAUCUUGUCCGGGAAAGCCAACAUCAUCACCAUAUUGACCGGUAUUUCGUACGAAAGACUCAACUGGCUCCAUCGUUGGGUGGCCCGGACGCUUUUCUUGACACUGAUCGUCCAUUGGUCUUUUUUCUUCACUGAAUGGGAUAUCGCAGGAUUUGUCAAGCUGGAGUUGGAGAUGAUGCCGAUGGUGAAAUACGGAUUUGGUGCCUGGGCUACCAUCGGUUGGAUGGUUAUCGCUGGAUUCGCACCCGUUCGAUCAGCCAGCUACGAACUCUGGUUCUUGCAGCAUCUUGCAGCCGCUGCCGCGCUUCUGUGGUUGGUGCAUUCUCACGUACCGGCUUAUGCCAAGUAUCAUGUGUGGUUUGCAGUGGGAGUCAUAGUUUUCGACCGGCUGGUUCGGACGUUGAUGACAUUGUGCACGAAUUUACAUCUAUUCCAACGACGGGUUCGAAGUCAGCCAGGACCAAAGAUUGGUUACGAAGCAGAAGUCACAUGUCUCUCGAAUGAGUAUGUCCAUGUGAUUGUUCGCAAUGUCGGCUUCUCCUGGCAACCGGGCCAACAUCUCUAUCUCUCCAUUCCUCGUGUGGGAAUCCUUGAAGCCCAUCCCUUCACCAUUGCGAAUAUCCCUAGAUCACUUUCUGGGAAUGUAGGCCCCGAUCACCUCGAAUUUUAUAUCCGAGUCCAUAAUGGCUUUACCCGGCGUCUUCAUCGACGGUGUCAGCGAGCAAAAAAUCCUCAAACUCUCCUCUCCUUUUUCACCGGUCCGUGGGGAAUUCCACCCGCGAUUGAUCGGUUUGAAUCCUUGAUCCUCAUCGCCACGGGCAAUGGUUCGUCUUUUACUUUCCCCAUUUUCCAAAAAGCGAUCUUGUCAGGAAAACACCUUCGACAGAUCCAAUUUAUCUGGAUUAUCCGGCAUCCUGAACAGCUCGACUGGUUCAAAGACCAAUUCAUGGCUUCUUUGACCACAGCCGAAGGUCGAAAUACCAAACUCGCCGUUCAUAUCUUCAUCACAGGCACUACUUCGAGCAGGAGUACAUCUCCAUCUGAAAAGAAUCCACUUCUCGGGCAUGGCCAAGAGCCGAAAAACCCCAAACCGGACGUACUCGAUGAUGAAAUCAAAUCAUCCUCAGGCCACCGAAUGAGCACUCUUGACGUGUCCGUGGAGAAAGGGAAAGUCGACGACAGUAUCAGAAGAAUAUCAGCAUCAGACUCUUCCUUACAGUCGCAAUCUGAGAAACCUUCUCUCAACGUAGGCUAUGGAAGACCAGACCUCGAUAUUCUCAUUCGACCCGUGGUGGAAGAUGCUUGGGGGGAGACUGGAAUUCUAGCCUGUGGAAAAGCCGAAUUCAUGGGCUCAAUCAGAAAUUAUGUAGCAAGAUUGUCUGAUGAGAGAGCCGUUCACAAAGGAACAGGGGCCCAAGGACUGUAUUUGUUCUGCGAGCAUAGUGUCGGUUAG